AUGGCCGAAAUCCCUCAGCAAUGCGUCUUCUACACUGACGACGUCUUCUGUUGCCCUGUCAGCAAUCUCCGGCUAGCCAGCCCGCUUCAGGUAGUGGAGGAACGGGUCCUAGACUUCUUUGUCCAAAACCGCCUUGAUUUUGUUCUACAGCCCGCGUUAUUGUUACCAGAGGACCUAGCCGCUACUAUCGCCAGGACGGACUUCGUCGCCGCUCUCGAGCUACGGCUGCCGUCCCUGAAUCUCCAUGCCAGAGAGUUUUUCAUACCACAUGCGAAUCGACUGGAUGUGGCUAUUGAGCUGGAGGAACAGGAGGUGAGAGAUUGGGGCUUUACUUACAGUGGUCAUGGUGUCAUUUACGAUUGUCCCUGCCCUCGUCAUUGUCGAUAUUAUGUAGCUUUUAUGAGGAGACCUGUGGGACCCGUCGAUGGAGGAGCAGCACCACCCAAUCCGGGGGUACUACCCCAAAGGAGUUUGGGCCAAAUGCCAUCCCGAGGAUUACCCCAAGGGCCGUCAUUACUUUUUCAAGGACCAGUGCAACAAAGGUCAUUACCCCAAGAGCCAUUACCCCAAGAGCCGUUAUUACAACCUCAGCGACCAUUGCAACAAAGUCCAUUACCACCCCAAAGACCAUCGUUUCUCCCAAGGCCACCACAACAAAGGCCAUUACUCCGAAGGCCAUUACCCCAAGAACCAAUAGCCCCAAGGCCAUUACCACCUCAAAGGCCAUCGUUUCUCCCAAAGCGACCACAAAAGAGUGAUCCGAAGAACCAGAAGGGCGGCAGUUAG